AUGUUAAUGAAUUAUAUUCGAAAGUUUGUUGUAGGCACUAUUACUCUCUCAACAAUAACAUUAGCAACAUUAUAUAUAUUUCAGAAUAAGUUGGUCUACCCGUCAUGGGCUCAAAAUGCAAGAAAACAUGUAGAUACUCCCGCUAUUAGAGGUUUGCCCUAUGAAAGGGUUUUGUUAACUACAGCAGAUAGGGUUAAGAUUGAGGCUUAUGACUUGCAGAACGAAAAUUCUAAGUCUACAGUACUUAUAUUGUGUCCUAAUGCUGGGAAUAUUGGGUUUUUCAUUCCUAUUGUAGAACUGUUUUAUCGCCAAUUGGGAAUGAGUGUGUUUAUUUAUUCUUACAGGGGAUAUGGGUUCUCUGAAGGUUCUCCCAGUGAAAAAGGUCUGAAAUUAGAUGCUGAUCGUGCUAUAUCAUAUUUGGCCACUAAUAAUUUUCAUAAAAAUAAACAAUUGGUUCUUUAUGGUCGUUCACUAGGUGGUGCCAAUGCUAUAUAUAUUGCAUCAAAGUAUCCUGAACUUGUGGAUGGUGUUAUACUAGAGAACACAUUUUUAAGUAUUAGAAAGGUCAUUCCAUAUAUGUUCCCGUAUUUAAAAUCAGUGGCGUUUAUGUGUCAUGAAAUUUGGAACUCUGAAGGAUUAAUUCCAAAUUGUAAUACAAAUACACCAUUUUUAUUUUUAAGAGGAUUAAAAGAUGAAAUUGUACCACCUAGUCAUAUGAGACAAUUAUACGAAUUAUGUCCAUCGACUUUAAAACGUAUUUUCGAAUUUCCAUUUGGACAUCACAAUGAUACCAUCCUACAGGAUGGUUAUUGGGAUGUAAUUAAACAGUUUUUAAAAAAGAAUGAUUUUAUUUAA